ACGUGCCCCCCCGCGCCUGCGCCUGCGCGCGCGGUGGUGGCGUCACUUCCGGCCGGGCCCCAGCUGGCGGCGGCGGCGGUGGCCGAGCGGGCGAGAGGCCGAGGGGACCCGGCAGCGGAGCGUGAGGACCAGACACCCCCGCGAUGACCAGUUCCCCCGUCUCCAGAGUCGUCUACAACGGCAAGAGGAACAGUAGCCCCCGCUCUCCCCCCAGCAGCAGCGAGAUCUUCACCCCGGCCCAUGAGGAGAAUGUGCGCUUCAUUUACGAAGCCUGGCAGGGAGUGGAGCGAGACCUGCGGAGCCAGAUGUCGGGCAGCGAGCGGGGCCUGGUGGAGGAGUACGUGGAGAAGGUCCCCAACCCCAGUCUGAAGACCUUCAAGCCCAUCGACCUGGGUGACCUGAAGCGCCGGAGCACGCCUGACGCCAAGAAGUCCUGAAGCCAGUGUCCCCUCCCCCCCCCCCCCCCCCCCCCCCGCCUCUGGGAGACCCGGGUGCCACCCGAUGUUGGUCUCCCGUGGGCUCAGUUCGUGGGAGGGGGAGGGGCCGGGGCCGUGUGCCCAGGGGGCUGUCAACCCCAGGACCGGGAGGGGCACGAUUGGUGGCCAAGGCCUGCCCUUCCUCCCCGAGCCCCCUCCUUUCCUCCUAGGGGGUCUCGAGCUGCCCCUGCCCCUGGGCGGGUCUGGACCCUGCCAGCCCCCACUCUCCCUGUAGUUGUCUCCUCGGAGCUGCCUGCCCCCACCCCAGGGCCUCGGCUCUGACUCCCCUCCACCUCCCGUCACCUUCCAUUGCCGCCACCCCCUGCCCCCCGGCCACUUCCAAGGUCACGAGGGAGACCUGGGGGGCCUGUGCCGUCUCCCAGGCUGGUGGUACUGGGCUGGCCUUGGCCCUGAAGUGGCCAGGAGGCAGGACAAAGGUGGCCCUUCCAUACCUGUUGUGUAUUCCCUACCAACUCCUGCUGCUUCUCUGGCCUGGACACGUUGGGGAGCAUCUAAUUCUUCACCCCACUGUCCAGCCUGGCCCUGUCCUUCCCUGCAUCAGCUUCGGGUUGGCACCAGCCCUCUGGGCCUGGGAUGUUGCGAGCACCCGCUCAAAAGGGGUCCUGGGCAACCAGGCCUAGCCCCUUGUUGUCUGUGGCCCUGUGGCCACAGCAGCCCCCUUGGGCAGGGGUAUGAGGCUGGCCUUGGCCCUGUGCUGUGUGCUGGGACGGUCACCAGGGCCCCCCUUUCUUCCUGUGCUCUCCAAAAGCCAAGUGUCUGUGACUGAAGCCCAAGGACCAGUGAAUAAAGGCGGGUGGCGCUGGA